AUGCAUCAACCUGUCGGUCAACGGAAGCUCGUCUUUCAUGUUGACUACUAUAUCAGCCAAAAAAGUCCAAACUACGAAAUUACAUAUUUUAUUCAAGUAUUUGGCGCCAUAUCUACGGGUUUUAUCAGUGCUACCAUUGGUACCUUUAUCCCGAUGCUUUUGUUGCAUAUAUCUGCGCAGCUGAUAAAUCUACGGAUGAUGCUCAACAUACUGGUGAAGAAGUUGGUUGGAAAAUCUAUAUCCUUCUCAACGUUUAAGAAAGAUCUAGGUACGAUUAUCGUACGACACAUUAAUCUCAUCAGGAUGACAGAAACGAUUAACAAUUGUUACAAUGCAGUAUCAUUAAUAUAUAUGAUAGCCACCACUAUUCAAAUGUGCUUUCAAAGCUUUGAGUUAUUCAUGAUUAUAUCGGGCGAAAAUAAGAAUAUCUCCAUUACCCAAAUGGGUUUUCGUGCAUGUUAUGUAGUAGGUCUAUUGGUACGGUUAUACUUUUAUUGUUACUCAUCUGAACAAUUAAUGGCGGAGAGUACCAAUGUGGCAUAUGGCGUGUAUGAAUGCCAGUGGUACGAUUUGCCGUCGAAAAACGCGCAAGACUUGAUGUUUAUAGUUCAUCGAUCUAGGAUUCCACUUAAAAUGACAGCUGGAAAAUUUGCCACUUUUUCUAUGGAAAUGUUCGGAACGAAAAUAAUCGACAACAACGCGAAGAUAUCUAAUAUCAAGUUGGCUUUCCUCUUGUAUCAUGUUUUAUUGGUUGUGUUAUGCCUCGUUGACGCCUUUGUACAUUUAUUGUUUCAUUCUGUAAAACUUAUGGCUGCUGUAGGACUUUUGGCAGAGUUAAAUGAUGAAUUUUUCAGAAUUUACAAGAAUACUGAAGAAUUUCUCCAACGACCUGGGCGGAAAAUAGUUGAGGACUUCAGGAGCAAACUGACGCUGAUUGUGAAGAAACACGAGCAUCUGCAUUGA